AUGCAUAUCGACAAGAACUCGACUACUUAUGACAAUGAUACCACUACAGCACUUGUCCUAUCAUUAUCUUCAGGGGAUUCAAUCAAUCAACAGAUCACAACACUAGAACAUGCUAUUGCACAUACGAUAAUACCAAGUAAAACUUUACAACAUCGACGACGGCGACGUUCCCGACGACUGUCGAAGAAUUGCCGCACAUUGAAGAAAUUUGGUCCCAUGCAUUCUUCUUUUCGACGUAUUCAGAACUUGAAAAUUGAUGUGAACCAGACAAAGCGACGGCGAGAAAGUUUAGCAACACAAGAGGUCCAUUUGAUGCAUCAACAGAUUCGAGCGCUGGAAAGACGACAGACGCUACUUUCGGCGUUGCAUCUUGCACGACGGACAAAUAACUUGCAAAUUGCAUCCAAUAAAUCAUCAGCGUUUUGUAAUCUGGAUGCAUUUCUGAUGCAAUGGCACAACUACACCCGCUAUCAUGCCGAGUUUAAGCUGUGCUGCGAGCAGAUCCAACCACUGGAGAGCGAGGACCCGGAUGUGUAUCUUAUCCAAUGUGUUGGACACUCUACUUUACGAAUCUCACGCGACACUGUCCGAUACUUUUUCCAGCCGUUGCUUGCUGAUGAAGAGAUGGUCCAAUGUCUCAUUGGCAAGACGUAUUCUUUUCCUUUUGCAUCGCGAUUCUACUUCAACUCGACUGGUCAAGUGUUUAAGAUGGAUCCACGAGCUGAGUUAGCAUCAGGCCUCUUGAAUCUCGUGGUAGAUCCGUUUAUGACUGUACGGAUCCUUGCUGCCUCUCAACUCUCGGCAGAUGGUUGCUUGCAUGCCUACGCGAAAAAUGAUGGUACCGUUGGAUCUGCCAUGAGUAGUAUGUAA